UUCAACUAGGCUCAAACUAGUUAUUUCACCAGGAAUAAGCAAUGGAUUUAACUAGCUUCAUAGUGCCUUUUACGCCUCCAUCCGCCAUUGAAGCAGAUGUUUUUGAUUGUUUGCAAGGCGAUGACAAUUCCAAACAUCCAUUCCCUCUGAGGCAACUCGCUGAUUACAUAAUUCACAAAAAAAUCAGCAGUAUUCAUCAAGGAAUUCAUCAAUAAAGAAAAUUUAUUAUGUUCUCUAGAUGACCCCAUAUGUAAAGGACUGCGAUUACUUCAUUACGCUGUUUAUCAAGAUGAAAUGAGAACUUUACAGCUUCUUUUGGAUAUGGGGGCCGAUCCCAAUGUUGCUGAUGACAUGGGAUAUACACCUGUUCACAUAUGUGCAGAAAAGGGCUAUGCACAUCUAAUAAAAAUUCUUAUGUCAUACGGGGCUCGUAUACAUUUCACAGAAAUCAACUCUCAAAGCUAUGACGAAAGAAAUAUUCACCGAGCUUUAAUUGAUGAGCCUUUGCGAUUAGCUAUUCGAAAUUCUCAUCACAAGACGCAACAUUUCUUGUUGGAUCGCGGUGCUAAUCCUAAUGCAGCUUAUUUCCGAGGAAGUGAGAUAAAUUUGGUGAAUUCAUCAAAUGUAAAAUCCAUAGAGUUGCUGUUACAAUAUGGGGCUGAUGUAAAUGCAAGAGACUGGCAAGGAUUGACUCCUCUUAUGAAGGCUUGCCGAAGUCGAGGAAACAAGCAAACUGUACAUUUGUUGCUUAAACACGGGGCAGAUAUCAAUGCUAUGAGUGAAGGAGACGAACAAACAGCUCUCCACUAUGCUGUGCUGAACGGCAACCUGGAAAUAGCAAAACUUCUGGUCAAUAACGGAGCCAGCGUCUCUUUUCCUUCAGAACAAACAAAGCCUCCUCCUUUAUACUAUGCAGUACUUCGAGGGAAUGUUGAAAUGUUAGAAUUUCUUCUAGAUUCUGGGGCUGACAUCAACGCUCUUUCUAACGCUCUUGGCUCAGCUCUACAUCUUACUCUUACAGACGACAUAUCCAAUCAACUGGAGAUUGUUCACACCCUUUUACGUCGAGGAGCCAAUCCGAAUGCCAUUACUGUAGAAGAUGGGAAAACAGUUUUGCAACCCCCUAUCGGAGAAUAUCUGCAGAAUUCCGAACAUCCGAGAAUAGAAAUCAUUAAAUUGCUUCUAAAAUAUGGCGCUCGUAUCAUUCUAGAAAUCCAGAAAAAUCACAAUCUUGGAAUUCUGAAAGUAAUUCAUAGAGUUCAUAUUGGAUUAAAUCCAGAAAUUAUGAUUCUUUUACUUGAAGCAUCUGAAUCAUUCAAUGUCUGUUAUAUUAGACAAUCUGAGCAACUGACCGAAGACCACAAAGGCAUGUUGUAUGCAAAAGCUUUAUAACCAUUUUGCCUUCAACAGAUUUCAAGAAUUCAACUCAGAAAAUCUCUAAGUUGGGGCUCAAGGUUUCUUAAUGCAGUACAGAAUCUCAAAUUACCUAGAUCUUUGGAAAAUUACAUCUUAUUUGAAGAAUAAAAUUGAAGAAUUUGCAACUUUUAAUAAUGCAUUCAGUAAAAUUUUGUGAAUAUAUAUAUAUAAAUUUUCAAAGUAUGCUUUUUGAAAUUGUAUUAAACUAAGU